AUGAGCCGGGUGGACACGCUGUUCGUGACGUUGCGGCGAGGGCUCGCUGGGACGCCGAAGAAGCAGCUCGAGCAGCUGAAGACGUUCGGGUUCACGCGGCCCUGGCAAGUGGUCGAGGUCCAGAACAGCGCGCCCAUACGAGGCGUUCUCGCCAAGCUGGUGCACAUGGUCACGAUCGAGACGGACAACAUGUACCACGAGAGACAGGAGCGCAACCAGGCGAAGCUCGCGACGCGGGACACGCUGUCCGUCAAGCACGGGAGCCUCGAUGGAGUCGCGGCGCCCGUGGCUCCGGAGGACACCGUGGCGCGGGUCCAGGCCCCGUAUCACCCAGGCGCCAGGGACUCCCUAUUCUUCCGCACAAAGAACCGGGCGCCCGGACACGGCUACGUCCGGGGGAUCGGGAAGGCGAAGGGCGUCCGCUAG